AUGUCCGCAGAUCUGACGCCGUACAACGUCUCCUUCACCGACCAGUCUGCCUUCCUCCGUUUCUUCCCUUAUCGUGAUGGCCCGACAGAUACCCAGUGGAACGUCACUUACUCUCGCAGCUCACAAUCGGCAUGGACGUACGACAGUAAUUUCGGCGACGGCACGAGCUCGCAUGUCACGACGCUCAAAGACGCGUAUAUCCUGCUCGAUUGGGCAGGCACCGCUGUAUGGUUGCGCGGGGUGGCCGCCGCGGGAUCGUACACGGUGCAGCUCGAUGGCGGGGCGAUCGUCGAGGGUCAAGGCGCGCAAGACGGCAUACUCUUCGAGCAGUCGAGCCUCGCAUACGGGCUGCACCAGGCCAUCCUCGUGGUGGUUGAAGGAGAGGUCUCGAUCACCGGUGCCACGAUCACAGUCGGCCUGGGCAGCAGCGGCACAAGCGUGCAGACGCGUACCGUCCCUGCCGUGUUCCCAAACACCUCCGCGAACCCGUUCUUUGUCACGGACGAUACAUAUGCUCCGACAACGCUCUACGCCAAUCAGAGCCAGCCGUAUGCCGUGCUCGCGACAUACACAUACGGCAGUGCCCUUGCGUUCUCCAUCUCCGGCGCAGUGAGCUUCGAGCUCUACGGCAGCGACGACUGGACGCAGGGCCUCUUCACAGUCUCGGUGUCCACCGGGGGCGACGACGCGAUUAGCACGUUGCCGAGCGCGAGCAUCCAAUACAGCCCGCGGUCACGUUGGACGGCGCUCGCGCAGAUGAAGUAUGUCGCGGCGGGCCUGGACGAGACACAAACAUACCAGGUCGAGGUACAGAACCUGGGCAACACCUUCAACCUGGCGGAGCUCGUAGUGUACGAGGCAGUCACAAGCGGGUCUGGCACUACGACGGCGACUGCGGUGGUGACAGCGCCAGCGGUGUCCGGUUCGCCAAUCGCGGCCGAGAGCAGGGGGUCGUCUGUCUCGGGCAACGUCGCCGGGAUUCUGAUCGGGGUGUUCAUCGGGCUGCUGCUCAUCCUCGCGCUACUGUCGUCCCUGUGGUACUGGCGCAGGCGGCGUCAGCGGCGGCGGCGCGACGAGCAUACUGCGUCUGACUCAGACAGCGAACCUGUCACACAGAUGCAUGCGACGGAGACCUCGUGGCCUGUAUCGGUGUUCCAACCAGGCAGAGUGGAGUAUGGUAGGUUGGAGCCGAACAGACUGGGGACAAGCAGAGCUUUGGAUCCCAUUCAGGAAUCUCAUGACGAGAUCAUGGUUGUACCACGGUAG